AUUGGACAAAAGGCGCUCAAACAACUAAGCCAAUCAAAGCGCAGUUCACCUUUCAACUUUGUUAUUUAACUACCAUCAGCUUGCAAUUUGUCUCCUCAGCUUGCAGUUGGUGUAUACUGUGCGAUGCCUGAUAAACGGUCAACCUAUCCAAAUUCCUAUGAAAAAUAUUCCCCAUUAGAUCGUUCAAGAUCGUUUAUUAGUGUGCAUUUGAAUCAGCAGUCAAUAAUAUCCGAUCCUAAAACUGGUGCACGAAAAUCUCCAAUUUCUCAAAAGUUCACCGACGAAUCUCGUGUACAAACAAUCAAAGAUAUUUUUGAAUAUGGCUUAAAUAAUUCGAGAUCCAAUCGAUGUCUGGGGAAACGGCCGUCUUUCAAUGAUCCAUACUCGUGGCUAACUUAUGAUGAAGUAGAUGAGCGAAUAAGGGCUAUCGGGUCGGCGCUCUCAGAAAUUGUGAAACUUAAACAUGACUGUGAAAAUUUUGUCGGGAUUUAUGCACCAAAUUCACCAGAGUGGGUUAUUAUGCAGCAUGCAUGUGCAGCGUAUUCUUAUACCAUAGUACCUUUGUAUCCAACUCUCGGUGAUGAAGCUUUGCAACAUAUUCUAUCGCAAACGAAAAUGAACUGUGUGCUGUGUGCUUCAGGACGUGAAGCUCUUCAUUUAAUGGACAAAUUUGAAUCUUCCCUUGAAAUUUUAAUCAUUAUUGCAAAUGAUUCUAAAUUUGAAGAAGUUAAAUCUCGUUAUAGUUCGAAGGUUUCAAUUUACUUGUUUGAAGAAUUAAUGAAACUGGGGCUGAAUAAACUUUUGCCGAAAAAAAACCCGUUACCAACAGACCUUUAUAUGAUUUCCUACACUAGUGGAAGUACUGGUUUGCCCAAAGGAGUUCUCAUUAGACACAAAGAAGUUACAUGUGCCGUAAUUGGGCUUCAUGAAUCUAGUGAAUUCAAGAUUGUCAAUUCUAAUUCAGUACAUCUCUCAUAUCUCCCACUGCCACAUAUUAUGGAACAAGUAGCAAUGUCUUCUCAUAUUCUGAUGGGAGCUUGUUCGGGAUUUCUAACAGAAUCUAUUGAUGGUCUACUGGAUGAUGCUUAUCUUUUGAGACCAACUUCACUGGUUGUUGUUCCACGUGUACUUUCUCGUAUGUACACAAAAUAUCAAAGUGCAUUGGGUGAUUCCGUAGUAAAAAAGAAACUUUAUAAUUACAUUGUGAAUAAAAAAUUAGCUGAACAAAAACGUGGAAAAUUUAAUCAUCGAAGCUUUGUAGACACAUUGUUGUUUGGUAAACUUAGAAAGAAAUUUGGCGGACGUGUGUGUUGCGUAGUAUCCGGGAGCGCCCCAUUGUCACCAGAACUCUCAAAGUUUGCACAUGCUGUAUUCAACGUGGUUUUUGAAGGGUAUGGAACAACCGAAACAAUGGGAGGCGUCACUUUGUCACCGGUCGGAGAGUACCGUUUAGGUACUGUCGGUGGUGUUGUUUAUGGUGUUGAACUGAAACUUGUGGAUGUCCCAGAUUUGGGUUUGGUUGCACUACGUGAUGGAAGGGGCGAAAUAUGUGCCAGAGGCGAUCAGUGCAGCAAAGGUUAUUUCAAGGAUCCGGUAAAAACUGCCGAACUUAUUGAUAGUGAUGGUUGGGUUCAUACUGGGGAUAUCGGUGAAUGGACUGAAGAAGGUUCACUCAAAAUUGUGGACCGUGUAAAGAGUAUAUUCAAAUUAGCUCAAGGUGAAUAUAUUGCACCUGAAAAAAUAGAAAUGGCUUAUCAAACUUGCAAAUUAAUAAGUCAAAUAUUUGUGGAUGGUAACAGUCAAAAAAAUUACCCAGUUGCGAUAGUAGUUCCAGAUUUUACUGAAUUGCGUUCCGCUCUAAGCAAUAGUAAGGUACUGCAGCAUCAUAAAAAACUUUUGGAUUCUGAACUUUGUCGAAAUGAAACUGUCAAUAAAUUCGUUUUGGAGAAAAUGAAUGGUGUGGCGACACUAAAACUGUUGAAGGGUUUUGAAAAGGUCCAGGCAAUUUACUUGACAGACGAGGCGUUUACGGUAGACAAUGGCUUAUUGACUCCAACAAUGAAACUAUCACGUAAUAAAGCUCGAAAUUAUUUUUCAAAAACAAUAAUUAGUUUAUACACACAGCAUGAGCUUAAUUCUUCUUCAACUUAAAAUUUGUGAUCAUUUUCAACUUACAAUGUGUACAUGUGAAAUGGGUUCGUUUGGAGCUAAUAUUCUCCAUAAGUGACAUUCUAUGGACUAUUCUAAUUCCUCCAUCUAUUCCACAAGAAUUUCUUGCCUUAUUUAAUAAAAAAACAUUAUGUAUUUGUUUGAAUAAUAUUGGAAACGUAUUUUACAGUGUAUCAUUUGUGAUGUUUACUCAUCUUGGCAACGCGCAUGAAUAAAUAAAUAAUUCCAUAUUU